UCUAUUUAUACUCCCGAACCAACCCUCCAACUAUAUUCACUUCCUUUCCCCUCUUUUCUUCAUUAUUUUCCCAUUAACCAAACACCCUCCCGAGCUUAAUUUGAUAUACAGCACUCACCAUUUUCUCUUCGGAUUUUUACAAAAUGGAAUUCUCACACCACAACGGCAACGGAAACGGAAAGGUGGACGCCAAUGGCUUCUGCAUGAAGGCCGCGGAUCCCCUCUACUGGGCGGCGGCGGCGGAGACUCUGAAGGGGAGCCAUUUGGAGGAGGUGAAGAGAAUGGUGGCGGACUUCAGAAAACCGGUGGUGAGGCUUGGGGGUGAGAGCCUCAACAUCGCACAGGUGGCGGCGGUGGCGGCCACCGGAAGCGACGGGGUGACAGUGGAACUGUCGGAGUCGGCGAGGGCCGGGGUGCAGGCCAGCAGCAACUGGGUGAUGGAGAGCAUGAACCAAGGGACCGACAGUUAUGGGGUGACUACCGGGUUCGGUGCGACUUCCCAUAGAAGAACCAAACAAGGAAAUGCUCUUCAGAAAGAACUGAUCAGAUUCUUGAACGCUGGAAUAUUUGGGAAGGGAACAGAGUCAUGCCACACAUUGCCUCACAGUGCGACAAGAGCAGCAAUGCUGGUGAGGAUCAAUACCCUCCUCCAAGGAUACUCAGGCAUCAGAUUUGAGAUCUUGGAAGCCACCGUUAAGCUCCUCAACGCCAACAUUAGUCCUUGCUUGCCUCUGCGUGGCACCAUCAGUGCCUCUGGUGAUCUCGUCCCUCUUUCUUACAUUGCCGGUCUCCUCACCGGCAGGCCUAACUCCAGGGCCGUAGGGCCUAACGGAGAGUCCCUCAAUGCUGAGGAAGCCUUUCGCCUUGCCGGAAUUGAUGGAGGGUUCUUUGAGUUGCAGCCUAAGGAGGGUCUUGCACUCGUUAAUGGCACGGCAGUAGGGUCUGGUUUGGCUUCAACAGUUCUCUUUGAGGCUAACAUACUUGCUGUUUUAUCAGAAGUUUUGUCGGCUAUAUUUGCUGAGGUUAUGCAGGGGAAGCCAGAGUUUACUGAUCAUUUGACGCACAAAUUGAAACACCAUCCGGGACAAAUUGAAGCUGCGGCUAUUAUGGAACACAUUUUGGAUGGAAGCGCUUAUGUUAAAGCGGCUCAGAUGCUGCACGAGAUCGAUCCCCUCCAGAAGCCCAAGCAAGAUCGGUAUGCUCUUAGGACUUCACCCCAGUGGUUGGGUCCUCAGAUUGAAGUUAUUCGAACAUCAACGAAGUCCAUAGAACGAGAGAUCAAUUCGGUGAAUGACAACCCAUUGAUUGAUGUGUCAAGGAACAAGGCCUUGCAUGGUGGGAACUUCCAGGGUACCCCAAUUGGUGUUUCCAUGGACAACACCAGAUUAGCAAUAGCCUCCAUUGGGAAGCUCAUGUUUGCGCAAUUCUCUGAGCUGGUUAACGAUUUUUACAACAAUGGGUUGCCCUCAAAUCUCUCUGGUGGAAGGAAUCCAAGUCUGGAUUAUGGGUUCAAGGGUGCUGAGAUAGCAAUGGCAGCAUAUUGUUCUGAGCUCCAAUUCCUAGCCAACCCAGUCACCAAUCAUGUUCAGAGCGCUGAGCAACACAACCAGGAUGUGAACUCCUUAGGAUUGAUCUCUUCGCGAAAAACGGAAGAAGCAAUUGACAUCUUAAAGCUCAUGUCCUCAACCUACCUGGUGGCACUUUGCCAGGCUAUUGAUUUGAGGCAUUUGGAGGAGAACUUGAAGAACACAGUCAAGAACACAGUGAGCCAAGUGGCCAAAAAGGUGCUAACCAUUGGGAUCAAUGGGGAGCUUCACCCGUCUAGAUUCUGCGAGAAGGACUUGCUUAAAGUAGUAGACCGCGAGCACGUUUUUGCCUACAUCGAUGACCCAUGCAGUGCAACAUACCCCUUGAUGCAAAACCUAAGGCAAGUCCUGGUUGAUCAUGCGCUGAUGAACAACGAGGAUUUGAGGAAUUCAAGUACUUCAAUCUUUCUCAAGAUUGGGGCAUUUGAGGAAGAACUGAAGACCCUUUUGCCUAAAGACGUGGAGAGCACGAGAAUUGCCUUUGAUAAUGGGAAUCUGGCCAUUCCAAACCGCAUCAAGGAGUGCAGGUCCUACCCUCUGUACAAGUUUGUGAGGGAAGAGUCAGGGACUGAGUUUCUGACAGGAGAAAAGGUUACCUCGCCAGGGGAGGAGUUUGAUAAGGUGUUCUCUGCAAUAUGUGAGGGGAAGAUCAUCGAUCCGCUGCUCAAAUGUCUCAAUGAUUGGGAUGGGACUCCUCUUCCAAUUUGCUGAAACCAACUUGUCUUUUGAGUUUAUUCAUGGGAUUUAUGGCCUUGUAGUGUUAUUGUCAACCGUUCUGUUCUUUUUUCUUUGGUUACAUUUUUUAAGCACUUCUCACAUGUUUGUGUAUAACAAGAAAUGUAUUGGCCUUGUUUAUCUGUCUCCAAAAUUUGCUCUAUAAAAUUCCAGUUUAUUAAA